UUUCUCAGUGACAGGUCACGUACAGGACGUUGUGAUCGGUGGAUGUGCUGUUUAUUUCCUCCAGUGGAGGUUUCGCGCUCUACGUGAUUUACGUGCGGCGCAUUUUGACGUGGUCUUGUGGAUCGCGCGGUGUGUGUGUGAGUGAGUGUGUGAGUGAGUGGGUGGAUAACGGAGGAGGAAUCUACACGUCCACGUACUCGCCAACUCGUGUCCCGCAGCCCCACAUUUUCUCUCUCGGCGGGAGCUCGGACUUCAGGGGCACCUCGAGCGGCCACAGAGGGCACAGUGACCAGAGGGCACAGUGACCAGACUGGGCAGAGCGGCCGGAGUGGGCAGAGCGGCCGGAGUGGGCAGAGGGACAGUGACCACAGUGACCACAGAGCGGCCGGAGUGGGCAGAGGGACAGUGACCACAGUGGGCAGAGCGGACGGACAGUGAGCACAGAGGGGCGGAGUGGGCAGAGCGGCGGUGGGACUCGCGGCGCUGUUGCCGAUCUCGAGGCCAAUGCGGCGUUUGCUGUCGAGACCUGUGUGUCGGAUCGUUGCAGUCGCGGGGCGGCCGCGUCCGCCCUUCGCGCUGGUGAACCUCAUUUCCAAGGCAAAGCCCUCUGAUUGAGAGCAUCUGCUGCUAAAGAAUGGCCGAGGACGAAUUGAUCUUCAAUAUUGAAGGGGUUGGAUUGAGCGAGACCAAGCGGGGCUUCGAAAACGAUAGUGAUGAUGAGGAGCAGUACCUCAUCUGCCCUAUUACAGAUUACGAUGUCAGCAAAAACAAGCCGAGUGAGGGCAGAAAAAUAUGCAACCGGAAUUUUAUGAAGAAUGACCUCUACGGAUCAUCCAGCUCCCCGGGAAAGCAUUCCUUUAGUUUUAAGACUCUCCAGACACCUGCUAACUGUGGCUCAUUAACUGACCAAGGUCGGGAUGCUUGGAAACAUGCAAUUGAAAAAGCGAAACAAAUGCCUGAUCCUUGGGCAAAGUUCCAUCUGGAGGAAAUCGAGGCUGAGCCUGCGACUCGUCACAGGUACAAUGCCAUUUCAGGAAAAUGGGUGGAAGAUAACGUCUUUGUCAAAAUGGCAAAUCAGCCCUUUGGCCGUGGCGCAAUGAGGGAAUGUUAUCGAACGAAAAAACCUUCCAACUUUACCCGCCAUCAGCACUGGAAAUCUGCCUCUAAUUACGUUGCAAAGCGUUACAUUGAGGCUGUGGAACGGGAUGUGUAUUUUGAAGACGUGCGACUUCAGAUGGAAGCAAAGCUUUGGGGGGAAGAGUACAACAGGCACAAGCCACCAAAACAGGUUGACAUCAUGCAGAUGUGUAUUCUGGAGAUGAGAGACCGACCAGGAAAGCCUCUUUAUCACUUGGAGCAUUACAUAGAGGGGAAAUACAUCAAAUACAACUCAAAUUCAGGCUUCGUAAGAGAUGAAAACUUCCGCUUAACCCCGCAGGCAUUUAGUCACUUCACCUUUGAACGCUCUGCACAUCAGCUGAUUGUUGUUGACAUCCAAGGUGUGGGAGACUUGUACACAGACCCCCAAAUCCACACAUUCAGUGGCACUGACUUUGGAGAUGGCAACCUGGGUGUUCGAGGAAUGGCUCUGUUUUUUCAUUCUCACGCCUGUAACACCAUCUGUGAGAAGAUGGGACUCAUGCACUUUGAUCUGGCCACAAAGGAAAAGUCAGCCCUAGAACACGCACAGAAUCUGCUGAAAACAGCAAAAACUGUUCUCCGUGGCACCGAGGAAGUGUGCGGCAGCUCCAGAGUGAGAACCACCUCCGGUUCCAGACCGCCCCUUCUGAAACGACUUUCCGAAACCUCUGCUGAUGAAUGCAUGAGUGACAGCAUAUUUGACUCUCUGCCUUGCUCCCCAUUAUCUUUGAGCUUCAAGGAAGAUUUCUUGGGGAAAUCUCCAAUGGGAUGGACGAUGUUUAAUCAAUUUGAUAAUCUGGGAGAUGAUUCACCGAAUGAGAGAAGGGCAUCUGAAAAUGGUUGUGACAGCGGAUGCUCGAGUGAGAAGAGGAGUGAGUCAGAAGUGGACCAUCUGGACAGGAUGAAUUUGCAUAACAGAAGAUCAUUUGAGUCUGAUGAGGACAGUAUUCACCAGAGUAAAGCGAGUCCAAGUGUGCACAAACCUUUAAUCGACCACAGACAAAACCCUCAGACGCAGCUGGAUUUACUUUGUGAAGAUAAAUGGAAUUACUAUCAUAGUUCCAGGGCUCACAUGCACCGACCUUCAUGUGUGGCCGUCGAGGUACAAAGACUUAAUGCCAUUAGCCAGGAGAAGAAGAUAGGAAAGUCUAUACUGGGCAAGGUCCACCUGGCUAUGGUACGUUAUCACGAAGCCGGUCGCUUCUGCAACAAGGAGGAAGAGUGGGAUCGCGAGUCUGGUCUCUUCCAUCUCGAACACGCUGCCCUAUGCGGGGAGCUGGAAGCAAUCGUUGCCCUUGGUCUCACUUAUCUUCAGUUACCUCAUCACAUCCUGCCCGACGUCACUGCAGAGGAUACAGAGAACAACAGGAAGAAAGGUUUUGACAGCUUAGUAAUAGCGGCAGAAGCGGGAGAUCGACCUUCCAUGAUUUUAGUCGCGAGGGCCUUUGAUACUGGCUUGUAUCUAGGGCCUGACAGGACCCAGGACUGGAAAGAAGCUCUGCAUUGGUACAAUGCUGCUCUGAACAUGACGGAUUACGACGAGGGCGGAGAAUAUGACGGGACAGGCGAUGAACCAAAAUAUCAUCUGCUUGCCCGAGAAGCAGAAAUGUACAUGAUGGGAGGUUUUAGUGUGGAGCCAGACCCACAGAGAUCUGGAGAUCUCUUCACGGAAGCAGCGGAAGCAGCGAUGGAGGCCAUGAAGGGAAGACUGGCUACUCAGUACUAUGAGAGAGCAGAGGAAGCCUGGGGAAUGAUGGAGGAAUGAAACUCCAAGCCACUCAGACCCCACCGGCAAACCAAAAGUUUCUUUUAGCCAGAAAGUUACCAUUUACUAAAUAACUUGGGCGCCCAGGCUGUAUCCUUUUGUGUCCAUGCAGAAUGUUCAGGAUUUUUUAAAUGCAUUUUUACCUUCACAGAGAUUGCGAAUAAUAUUGUAAGCCGUUCUGGGUUAACAUGCACUGGCUAUCUCUAGUGCUGUUAUCACAGAUAACUGUACGAAUUUUAGUGUACUUUUGAAAUAUUGUGUGUGACAUGAGACGUUUGCUCGGUUUAUUUUGCAAAAGCAAAACAAAUUUUUUUAAAAUUAUAAUUAUCAAGCGUUUGUGUUAAAACCAUAUGAUGAUUGCGCACCGAUCUGCUGCAUGGAGGAAGGAGGUCAUGGUGCUACAAGCAUGUAUGUUUCAACUGUGUUUACAAACUAAUGUGCUUUAAAAAGUGGGAGGGGGGCAGUUACAAGUUGAAAGGGAACUAUCAUUAUGCAAAAAGUAUUUGGGAAAACCUUUCUUGUCUAUUUACAAAUGCACGGCAAUGAUUUAUAUAAGAACGUAAGAAUUUGCUAGACGAAAGACCAUGGUCCAUCCAGUUCACUUUCCACCAUCCUGGCAGUCGCAUGACAUGUUGUGUCCCAAAUUAUAUAUUGUGCGAACAAUUACUGGUAGCGGUGGGAUUCGAACCCACGACAUCGAAAUGACUGGAGCCUAAAUCCAAUGCCUCAGUCAUGCUACUACGAUUUAUUGCAGCAUAGUGUGUAAAUCAUCAUGGAAUCCCCUGAAAGAGCCUAUUUGGCUCCUCAUCCUUUAACAUGGUACCUCCCCACUGGAGUGAUUCACUCUGAUCCCAUUUGCUUUUUUUUCCUUACAAUCAAGUUACUUCAAUGUUACUUCAAAAGCUACUUGCGAUAAUGUGUUCCACAUGCUAUGUAAAGCACUCCAAAACUCUACUCUGCAUGAAAGGUGCUAUACAAAUGUAAGAUGUUUGUGAGGGGGAGAAUAGUCUUCUUACAUCUUGCUUUACGCUUCUGGUAGUAGUCUGGAAUUGAUGUUACCUUGUUAGCGAUUCACCCACCAGUGGGAAUGAUAGAGGUUUCUCUAUUUUACCUCUCUUACCUUAUCAGAAACUUUUCUGUAGGAUCCCCUCAACCUUUUCUGCUCCUGUAAAUAUAGCCUAGAGAUUUUAUUAAAGCCUUUUAGCUUGUUUCUGUGAAUCUACUCUGUGGCCUUUCCAUGGUCCCAACACUCUUCCCAUUAUAUUUCCCCAUCGUGCAAGCAAAACACUUUGCCAAAUACUUUGUAUGAUAUAGUGCCCCUUUCAUGCCAGACGCUAUGAUGAUCUUCAUUUUACGUCAGUGUUGUGAUUGCGAUGUAACCCUGAAAAACAAAUAACCGUGUCCCAAUGCAAAGCCCUUUGACUUGCAGCAGCUGAGAAUUUGAAAGCAUUCGAGCAAUAUAUUAAGAGAUCAGGGGGAGGGAGUCGCAUUGUAAUGCUUGGCAAAAAUAAAGUUUUUGUUUUUCA